CGUUUGGCUUCAUUAACCUAGUCUAACUUAAGAGGCCUGACUAGCUAAAAAACGAAGAAAAUUUGGGUAGUGUUCAAGCCAACACUCUUACUAAGAGCUGAACUUCGAACUGACAGUUUUUAAUCUUUUCAAUAGUGUCCACUUUUCGUUAUUAACUCAUUUCAGAAAUUAUUGUUUUUCAAACGCACCUCAGAUUUUGAAACCUGAUAUAUGCUUUUAUGAGCAUAAUAAAGCAGCUAAUUGCUGGAACUGAGGUAGAUGGUUUUAUCUCGGGUACAUCUCCUUUUUUUUUCUGGAAGACCCAAAAAGCGGGAUAAAAAGAACGUAAAGGAACGACCAGAAUCUGCAUCUUCUUUCUUCGAUGCAGAUUAUGUUGGCUUCAAGCACACGGCUUUCUUUUUCUUUAAUCUUCACUUCCUUUUUCAGUUUUCUGCGUCCAGAAAUCUUGGAAACUGUUUGCGCCAUGGGAGAACAAACGUGCCUGUCAAAUGCCUCUGAAUACUUUCAUAGAUGGAUGAGAGAUCCAGUAAAGAACCCGUGAGUUGAUUUGUUUUUUAAACUUUCUAACCGUUCAGUUGUUGUGGCGUGAUUCUUAAGUAAAAGAUCUAGAAAAUUCUGGAAAACACCAGCUGCGCUUUCCGUUGUAGCUGCUGGUUUCAAAACUGAGGGAUACUCCCUUUUAUAAGGCAUAUAAUUAGGUAUGUGCUGUCCCAAAGGGUAUCGUUUUUGCGCUGUUUUGAUUUGAAAACGGGUAUGGUUUUCGAGGGAACUACAGGAGUGUAUGAACGUUUUUAUCGUUUCAAUUCCAAAUGAAUAGAGAAAGAGAAAAAUGCGAAUUUGAAAUGAAUUUUAAGAAAUCUUUUCUGUUAGCGUUCUUAUCUAACCGAAUGAUGACAUAAUAUCUUAGAGGCCAGUGGCCCGUUUCUCGAAAGUCCCGAUAAUUAACGGGCCCGGUAAGCUGUCUCCGUUUACAUUAAAGAUCGAGGUUUCAAUAGUUUUGCAUCUAACACGAUAAAACUGUCAGUUAGUGAAACAAAAUGGAGUAGUUUGCCAGCCAGGACCCGCGCUCUUAUUCUUUAUAUUUCGAUUUGAAUAUUUGAUUUCGGGCCCGUAAAGUUACCGGGACUUUCGAGAAACGGGCCCCAGGCCUGAAAAAAGGUAUGGAUUUUAGAAGCCAGGGGCCCGUUUCUCGAAAGUCCCGGUAACUUUUCGGGCCCGAAAUCAAAUAUUCAAAUCGAAAUAUAAAAAAUAAGAGCGCGGGUCCUGGCAAGCAAACUACUCCAUUUUGUUUCAUUAACUGACAGUUUUAUCACUUUAGAUGCAAAACUAUUGAAACCUCGAUCUUUAAUGUAAACGGAGACAGCUUACCGGGCCCGUUAAUUAUCGGAACUUUCGAGAAACGGGCCCCAGGUCUGAAAGUGGGCGUGAAUAAUGACAUUUUUGGUCUGAAGUAGAGUCAGGGUUUAAAGAACUAGGCAACACACCCUACCAAGAAUUCUCAAGAGUAACCCCCCCCGGUUUCAACACCAAGUCACGUCGGCUUCAAAGGUAAAAAAAAAGUUAUAUUUUAAUCUUUAGAGUGCCAGCUAAUUUCCGAUCACUGGUGUAUUAUUAUGGAAUUGCUAAAGGCGGCCGUGAAGAGUGGGAUUUUGCGUUUGAUCAGUUGGUCCACACAUCUGUAGCUUCAGAAAGCGCUAAGUUGAUACAUGGUUUAGCUGCUUCUAGUGAGCCUUGGAUUUUGAGCAGGUAAAUCUAAUAAAUUAAAAUAUUAGGUAAGAGUCGUUUGGUUUGUCAACUGUGUUUAUUUUACCUACUCAGUCACAGUUAGUGAGAAGGUCAGUAGAUCAGUCAGUCAGUUAGUCAGUAGGUCAGUCAGUAAGCCAUUCAGUUAUUCAGUCAGUCAACAGGUCGGUCUAGUCAGCCAGUCAGUCAGUCAGUCAGUCAGUCAGCAGGUCGGUCAAGGCAGCCAGUCAGCAAGUUAGUCAGUGAGUCAGUCAGUCAGUCUAGUAGGCCACUGAGUCAGACAGACGGUCAGUUAGUCAGUCAGUCUACUCAGCCAGUCAGUCAGUCAGUCAGACAGACAGUCAGCAGGUCAGUCAGCCAGUCAUCCAGUCAGUCAGUCAGUCAGACAGACAGUCAGCAGGUUAGUCAGACAGUCAGUCAGCCGUUCAGGUCCAAUCUGUCAGAUUUGCUAAUUCUCAUUCACAGCCAAGGUUUGUCAGUCCAGUAGUUUAAGGCCUGGGUCUAAUGGGUUUACCUGUGGAAAAUGAUUUAUUGGCUAUAUCUUCGGCACAGAAUUAGGAGCUGAAUGAAAAAUUGCCAUACAAAGAACUUAUCGUCCUUAAAUUAUAAAUAUUGUGUUAAUAAGUCAUAUGGUAUGUCACGUGACCAUUUUCUUAAAAUCGUAAAUAAUUGACAAACUGGUGGGGGGUUUGAGAAAAAAACUUAGUCAAGCAAUAACAUUUUUCUCAUUCAUUUAGUUCUAACACUUCACGUUUGGAAUGACAGUUCAUUGCGCUUCAAUAAAAAAACUAUAAGGCAAAACAUCAUUUUAAAUGCCCAAAUAUAAUCUUGAAUUAUUUAAAAUUUUAAUUUUAAACUUCGCGUACCUUCGUUCCAAACGUAAAGAGAAAUGUAUUUUUACCCUCUAUCAGAAACUCCAAUUUAUUUCGCCACUGAUUCGCCAAUUUCUGUCAUUUUCAAUUUUUGGUAAAAAGGCACAAGAAGACCUCAAGAUUUAUUUUCGGGGAAAAAUUCUAGAGAGAAAUAUUGCCAGUCAAUCAUAUACUCCGAACACACUCUUGACCCAGGCCUUAAACUUCUUGAGCAGUUACUUCCCUUACACGCUUCAGCGGUGACGUUAUUCCACAUUAUAUAGGCAUCAGUGAAACGUUCCUCUCAAGAUGAUUUUUAACGACGAUCCUCCGCCAAUCAGUUUUAGUAAGAAUAGAGCCAGUUCUUUAGCAGUGACUGCUAACGUAUAGUAACACGGUGGAAGAAAUUGUGCGUUAGCAAUCAUUGUUGAUUUACCGUCUUGUUAGACAAAGGCAACUUCACAGUUCGUCAGGAAAUGUUAAAAGAUUGCCUGAAUAAGUGAACUGCAAAAACAUCAUGUCUUAAUCGUUUCAGGUUCCUUCAAUUUUCUUUGAACUCCAAACUAAUCAAGUCAUCAAACACUCCGUUAGUGAUUGGUAAAGUUGCAGAGAAUAGCCAUGUUGGAAGACAGAUAGCUUGGGACUUCAUAUUAAAACACUGGAAUAUACUAGAAAAACGGUUGAGUAUUCUCUGGCCACUAGUACUUUUCUCUGUUUAUUUGUUCUCGUGAUAGGAUUUUUCUGCUGUGUUUGGUCCAUAACAUGCAAAAUUUGCUGCAUUUAAAAGUCUACAUCUAAAAUAUAUAACCACAAAUUUGAUUUAUUAACUAAGUCGGUGAAGUAAAUUGGUCACCGUAAAGAGAUUUUUAAGUUCGAAGCAAAUCUGAACGUUUCCGCCACUCCAUACUAGGACUGAAGUACAGUAGGGACCAGCUUGGGCGUCCGAUUUUAAUGCUUCAAGGCAAUUCUUCCUUUGUUGCAAUUGCUUUUAACCUGCAAGGGGGAUAGACGUUCUGGUGUGUAACCUUUCUUCUCGUUUGAUUGUAGGUAUGAAGAGGGUUUAUACAUUCUAUCUGGCAUACUAGAAUCUGUUACUCGUGGUUUUGCAAAUGACUUUCAACUUCAGCAGGUCAGUUAAUAGUUUGGAAAACAGAUGAGUUUUUUUCAUGAUGAAUAUACUCAGUUAAGUUCCAGUAAAAAUUCGGUGCAGAUUUUCACCGAAUAAUUUUCACCUUCCUUUCUGUGGAAUCAAUAUUUGUCCUUUGUUUUUUGCGGUGAAAUAAACUGACACUGAACUAAACUGAAUCCUCUUCUGCACUGCUCUUUUUUCUAGUCUUUAGGAGCUCGAUGGGUUGCUUUUCAUAAGCCAUUUAUAGAGAAUUACAUUUACACACAUACGACGAGUCCAAAACUGAGUUACUAACUCCAGUUAUAUGAUGUAUCGAUUUCCCGAAAUCGUUUUGUUCAAAUAAUGAUCAGCUUUAGAAUCACGUUUACGAAAAAAGGCAAACGUAAGAUUUGCAAAUAAGAAAUGAGCAGAUAAAACGAUGCAAAGUAUUAAAUUCAUAACGAUGAAACUGGCGUGAAACUACUAAUAUUUUUGUGGAAGAAAUGAACAGUAAACGACAAGUAAAGGGACAACUUUUUCACUUGGUACAAAUUGACGUUUUACUGUGCGAUUUCUCGCGCGCUGAUUGGUCGAGAGCCGUGGUCAAUACGAGUACCGCGGAAAUGACGUGAUUGUGGCCCGAUUUGUGUUUUUCUCUUUCUCGCGCGCGCGAUUUUCUGACAAACUUCAACGGAAGUGUACGUCAAAACUUUCAAUGUUAUGUUAAAAAACAAAUCGAGAACAAUUUUCCAUGGCCUGUACUCUUAUCAACCAUAGAAAUGGCCGGUAUGAAAGGUUCAAAACUCAAGAAUACAGACCAUGGAAAAUUGUUGUCGAUUUGUUAAUUUGCUGAUUGCUGUAAACUUGAUAGCCUAAAUCUCUGUAACAUAAGAAAAAUAAACCUUUGUGCGUGUAAUUUUUUUCAGCUCCUGAGUUUUGUCAAAGAACUGGAUAAUGGAUCUGGUUUGAGUAACCAGUCUUUGUCUCAAGCAGUCGAGGUGGUAAAAUCUAACAUAGCCUGGAUUAAAAGGAAUGAAAAGGACCUGGAAAACUGGUUGGAAACGUUUCUGUCCAAAAAAGGA